AUGUCUGCAAAUGCAGAAAAUCUUUCAGAGAAUGUAAUAGAAUGUAAAGCUAAUGUGAAAUUAGUAGGACGAAAAAACAAAAAUUCUCAUGCGAGCCUGACGGUGUACUGCUCGACCUGCAACAGCAUAAUGGAGUACGUGGCGCGCAAGACCAAGCGAAUCUGCCGGAUCUGCCACGAUGAGAUGCGCUUCCCGUGCCCGCGCUGCCGACGACUCUACAAGGAGAUGAAGCACCUGCGACAGCACAUGCGCUACGGCUGCAACUCCGAGCCGAGCUUCCAGUGCAGCGAGUGCGCCUGCAAGUUCACGCGCAAGGGAUCGCUCGUGCAGCACGUCAAGCUCAAGCACACGAGUUACAGGCAUAAAACCAACGAUGAUGAUGUGGAUGGUAAAAAUAUCGAAAAAGAUGAUUCGGAUACAGAAUUUGAGAAGUUGCAAGAAAGUUUUGCUCGCGACUUGAAAUCUCACAAGAGAGUAAAAAAAGUAGUGAAAAAGCAACAAAUCCAAAAAGCCAAAUCUUGUUCACUGAAAAUCGAGUUGGUAAGAUGCGACACUGACCCGAAACUUCGCAAAAGUGACGACGACUCCUCAAGAUCCUCGUUCAACGGUAAUAUAACAAAAUCGAUUACUCACGCGACUUUCACAAAUGAAACUUCUCGUGCUCACGGUGACAUUGGUCUUUCCACAGAUCCGAGCGAUUGGGAGAGUAGCGCGCCGGUAUUUCACUUUUGCAUCCAGUGUCGAUUCAUCUCGCGGCCGACCGGCGAGUCCUGGAUACCCACCAUCAAGUACUGCGCCCACUGCAACAUCUGCAUGCACUACCUGUGCUCGGGCUGCGAUCGGAUCAUCGACACGCCGGAAGUGUUGCGCCGGCACAUGAGAUCUCGCUGCAGCGAGCCGAGCGGCCUGCCGGCCUCGCAGAUUUACGGCAGGCGCUCCUGUCGCGGCUGCGGUGGCUACUUCGACGCUCUCGAAGAGCACGAGGCCAACUGCCGCCCGAAUCAGACCGGCAAGUGCGACCUGUGCGAUGUGCAGAUCGGCUCAUUAGAUGAGUUGAAGAAGCACAUAGCAAUGUCAACUGAUCCACAGACGAAUAAUUCCGAAUUGUCCGUUACUAACGAGCAAUCGUUCUGGAUAAAAUGUACAACAUGCCCCAACAGCAUAGUCACGGACCUGUAUGCCUACAAUAAACAGAUCUUCAGCGAUUUUCGCCGCAACAUUUGUGCCUGCAGCUCCAAAACGAAAUACAAGUUCGAAUGUUUCCAAUGUCGCGAUUACUUCAAGCGUUAUCGGGAUAUUCGUAAGCAUCUUGCCGACUCUUGUCCGGGUAAUCCCAUCGAGUUCUGCUGCAUCGACUGUAGCUUCAGCACGCACAAGAAGUACGAGCUCUCCGCGCACAUCACGAAUAAACACGAGGAGUCGCAUCAUUGCAAAUAUUGCGGCUCGAUGGUGGCCAAUAAUAGGAUGGAGCACACGAUGUACUGCCAAAACAGACCGAAAAUUGUGUGCUCGCUUUGCGAUUUUUAUUCUUUUCAGGAGGAAAAGUUAAGAGAUCACGUUCAGCAGUUUCACUUAUGA